AUGGCGGCGUUAGCAGUGCCUCGCCUGGCCAUGUUUGGCUGCUUUUCAACAAGGCCUAUUUCAGUGUUUGCUGUUCAUCAGAGGAGUCUGCACAACAGUGCAAAAAGCGAGAAUACCACCACGAGCCUGGUUCCAGUCAGAGCGCAGAGCACGGCAGUGGCAGCAGCCAAACCAGCAGCUGUAGCCAGCAGCAAGGGGGAGUAUGUUAUCACCAAGCUGGACGACUUGGUUAACUGGGCGCGCAGGAGCUCUCUGUGGCCUAUGACCUUUGGCCUGGCAUGCUGCGCGGUGGAGAUGAUGCAUAUGGCGGCACCUCGUUACGACAUGGACCGCUUCGGAGUGGUGUUCAGAGCAAGUCCCAGACAGUCUGAUGUCAUGAUUGUGGCAGGAACACUGACCAAUAAGAUGGCGCCGGCUCUGCGGAAGGUGUACGACCAGAUGCCUGAGCCCAGAUACGUCAUUUCCAUGGGAAGCUGUGCUAAUGGAGGAGGCUACUACCACUACUCCUACGCUGUCGUCAGAGGUUGCGACCGAAUCGUACCGGUGGACAUUUAUGUUCCAGGUUGUCCCCCCACUGCAGAGGCUCUCCUCUACGGGACUUUACAGCUGCAGAAGAAAAUCAAACGUGAGAAGAAGUUGAGGAUCUGGUAUCGGAAGUGAAUGUGUUAUGUGUGUUUGUAUCUGCUAUGUAAAUGUUUUAUCCUCUAUGUAGAGCUUCAGGAACUAACUUCAAUAAAAUCUUUACCGUAAUUUACACACAGUGCACCGCCACUUAUUUUCACUCGGUUGAGUUUUUCUGCUUCUUUAAUUCAGUUUUAAUAUCUGUGGACUGUUUCUGUAACAGGAACAUUGUCUCUGCCUGUUACCUACAGUUUAAAUGAGUUAUUUAUUCAAGUAGCCAUAUAUAUCAUUUCUCUUUUUGUUUUAAUAGAAAACUGAACAAUGACUGUAAGAUGAGAUAAGUCAUCCUGUUUUAUCUUAUAUAUCGUUUUGAAUAAACUGGGCUCACAUAAACACAUUA